CAAGGUUUGGGGAUGUGAUCAAGCUGAACCUUAGCUACAGCUACCUCCAUGGCCAGCUCAAUUCCAGAAUGGUCAUAUCCCAUCUUCGCUUGGAAAUCUUUUGCAUCUAACCUAUCUUUCCCUCAGUCAAAACAGUUUUACUAGUGGUGGCAUCCCAUCUUCACUUGGUAACCUUUCUCAUCUCACCCUUCUAUCCCUCAGCGGUAACAAUUUUGUUGGUAAAAUCCUAUCUUCACUUGGAAAUCUUUCUCAUCUCACCGAUCUUUCCCUCUGUGAAAACAAUCUUUCUGGUGAAAUCCCAUCGUCACUUAAAAAUCUUUUGCAUCUCACCUUUCUCGAUCUCUCACAAAACAACUUGGUUGGUGAAUUUCCAUCUUUUUUUGGCAGUUUUAAUCAGUUGGUUUUCUUAGAUGUUGAAAACAACGAGUUUAGUGGUAACUUACCCUUUACACUACAAAAUCUAACAAAUCUGUUAUAUUUAUCACUCGACAACAACAAGUUCACAGGCACGCUUCCUCCUAACAUGAGCUCACUCUCCAAAUUGGAGUUCUUUUACGCCAGGGCCAACGCUUUCACUGGAACUAUCCCUUCUUCUCUUCUCAACAUUCCUUCUUUACUCUAUUUUGACGUGAGUUAUAACCAACUCAACGGCACUCUUGAGUUUGGGAAUAUAUCUUCAUCACUAGAAGACUUAAGCCUUGGAUAUAACAACUUAAAUGGACCAAUCCCCAAAUCCAUUUCCAAAUUAGUCAACCUAUGGAUACUUGACCUCUCCCAUCUCAACACCCAAGGCUCAGUUGACUUUAGCAUCUUCUUGCAUCUCAAGUCCCUCAACGAUCUUCGCUUAUCCAAUCUGAACAGCACAACUACAAUUGACUUGAAUGCAUUCUUGUCAAGUUUCAAGUCACUACAAACGUUGGACCUCUCAGGGAACCAUGUUUCAGCCAGAAACACCAGUUCAGUUUCAGAUCCUCCAUUGUUAUCGCAGUUUAACUUGUCAGGAUGUGGUCUCACUGAGUUCCCAAAGUUCCUAAAAACCCAAGACACAAUGACGAUUUUAGACAUUUCCAACAACAAAAUCAAUGGUCAAGUUCCUGGCUGGUUAUGGACGCUACCAAAUCUGGAUUCUGUGUAUCUUUCCAACAACACUUUCAUCGGUUUCCAAAGACCAACAAAACAAAGACUGUAUUCUACCUGGAAAUCAUCUAUGAGAUACUUGUUUGGCGCCAACAACAACUUCACCGGAUAUAUUCCAUCUUUCAUAUGUGGGUUGCACUCUCUAACCGUUCUGGAUUUAUCUAACAAUAAAUUCAAUGGUUCAAUCCCUCGUUGCAUGGGAAAUUUCAGUACGUUUCUUGAAGUUCUAAAUCUUAGAAAGAAUCGUCUUCAUGGAGGUCUUCCAGAGAAUAUAUCUGCAAGCGUAAAGUCACUUGACGUUGGUCAUAACCAACUGGUGGGAAAUCUUCCAAGAUCUUUGGUCCUUAUAUCUUCUCUUGAAGUUCUCAAUGUGGAAAGCAACAUGAUCAAUGACACGUUUCCUUUCUGUUUAAGUUCUCUGCAAGAGCUACAAGUUCUUGUCCUUCGUUCAAAUGCAUUCCAUGGACCGAUACAACAAGCCGGGUUUUCUAAACUACGAAUCAUCGACAUAUCCCAUAAUCACUUCAAUGGAACAUUGCCUUCAAAUUUUUUUCUCUAUUGGACUGCAAUGUUUUCACUUGGGAAAACUGAAGAUCAGUCUAACAGAGGGUAUAUGGGUACAAGCUAUUACAGUGAUUCAAUGGUUUUGAUGAUUAAAGGCGUAGAAAUGGAGAUGGUACGAAUCCUAAAUAUCCUUACAUCGAUUGACUUUUCUGGAAACAAAUUUGAAGGAGAGAUUCCAACGUCCAUUUGUUUAUUGAAAGAGCUUCAUUUGUUCAAUAUUUCAAACAAUGCUUUCACUGGUCACAUCCCAUCAAGAAUGGCAAACUUAAGAGAGCUCGAAUCGUUAGAUGUUUCUCUAAACAAGCUUUCAGGAGAAAUUCCACAAGAGCUAGGGAAACUCUCCUACCUUUCAUACAUGAACUUCUCCCAUAACCAGCUUGUAGGUCUAGUACCAGGAGGCACUCAGUUUCUAACACAGUCUUGCUCUUCGUUCGAGGACAACCCGGGACUCUUUGGCCCUUCACUUGAGAAAGUUUGUGUAGAAAUUCACGGGAAAACAUCGCAAGAAUCUGAUAUACCAGAACUAGAAAAAGAUGAAGAAGAGGUGAUAAGUUGGAAAGCGGCUGCAAUUGGAUUCAUACCUGGUAUUUCUUUUGGAUUGACGAUGGGAUACAUAUUGGUUUCCUACAAACCAGAGUGGUUCAUGAACCCUUUUGACCGAAACAAACGCAGAAGCAUAAGCACCUGACCAUAACUCAUCAGAGUCAGAGAGCCUUAUGAAACCCACACUGAAGAAUAUCGAAGAAAAGAAUCAAGCAAUCUAAGCAAACCGACUACAUAGAAAGAAGUUCGGAAAUAAAUUUAGCUAUAUCGAAAUAUUUUUUUGUUUUGUAUGUGGAUGAAUCAGAUUAUCAAGUUUGAAAUUUUAAUUAGUUGUUGUAUUUGGGUCAUGUUCA